AUGGGCGCGCGUUGUGGGUGGGGCGGUCUGAUAGCUGAGGGGGCCGGAGGAAAAUGGCGGCCGGCUCGAAAUCGGAAGUGCGUGGUCCGGACGGGCAGCGGGGCCUGGCGGGCGGGCGUUCGGUCGGGUCGGGCCCGCGUCGUGAGGCAGCUGGACCGCGUGAAGGACGAGGAGCCCUACAGCGAGCUGUACCCAAGGGUCUGUGAGAGGCUCAGCGACUCCUCCAGGGUCACUGUCUUUGGCUUCAAGGGAAUAUCCUCUGUCACUGCCAUGUUUCCCCCCAGCGCAGGCUGCCUCCUCCACACCAGUUUUUCCUUGGGGGCCUGUGCCAUCGCUGUCCACAUCACAGGGGACACCAGCUCCUGCCAAAUGCUCUGGGAGCGCUGGAGCCUGACAGCAUCUCGGCAAAGGAGAGAUGAGCGAGGAAGCGAGCGGGGACCCCCUGGAUGCAGAGAGGAGGAUAAAGGAGCUGCGGAGCAGAGACCAAUGGGGGCUCGGAUGGGAUGAGAGAGAGGGAAAGAGAGAUGAAGUGCCACAAGGUGCCCCAGGUAUUUGCUCUAAAGCUUUAAAAAGAGGGAACUGAAUGUAACGGAUUUUUUUACCCCUGAUAUUUACACAGCAUGCUCUAAAGUACUUUAUUUCUGUCUGGCUUUCAGUGGCGUGUUUCCUCAGCAGCCCAGUAGCAUCUCUCUCAGGCAGUGCUGCUGGCCAGAUGUCCCUCCUCGUUGCGUAGCACACAAAAAACCUUGUAGUCCAAUUAUAACUAUGUAUUUUGGAGAGAGAUAGUGUUAUGGUAUCAAUUCCCAGCUGUGGAAGUGAAAUCAGUGCCUGAAGAAAGUCAAAUACUUUUAUAGCGUAAGUAUUUUUAUUCGGUGUAUAUAAACCUAACGCACACCUUUUCACCGAAAGGGAAGGGACAAGGCAUUUCCCAACACCAGUGAGAAGGUUUACUGUUACGCUAAGAACGUGUUCAAAAUGGCAUCGGUUAGCUUUAAUCCUGACUUCAAGAGUUGAGCUGGCGCUGGCUUUUGCAGGCUGUGCUGUGUUUGGAGCUGAGCUGUUUCCCCAGAAUCCUCCUGUAGCUCAGCUCCUGUCCUGUCCCUCUGAUGGAAUUCCUCUACUCUCUUCCGGGCUAUUUUUUAAGAUACUGAGCUAUAACUGGGGAUUUUUGUUUUCCAGGUGCCUCGUUGUAGGUGUCUCGUGCUGCUCGAGAGAUGCCCCAGGCCAGGUUUGCAGCUGGUGGCGGAGCCCCUCGCCCCGAGGGGAAGGGGCCGGCCCUGGGUCUGGGAGUUUUGGGGCUUUUUUGGGGGGGAAUAGAAGGGUGUCUGUCUGUGUGUGUGUCUCGGGGGGUGAUGGUGUCAUUUGGGACACUGCAACAUCACUGGGGUUUGGGUCUCCCAAACGAGGUGGUUCACAGCCCCAAAACGUCUGAAAAUCUUGGAAUGCGUUAAAAAAAUGUGAAAACCUGUAACUAUGGGCGUGAGGCACUGAAAUAGAGAACAAUCUCUCAUUUAUAUAUGAGAAAUAUAUAUACUGAGAAAUAAUAUUAUGUAUGUAAAAUAACUUCAAAAUAAAAACCUC